UGAAGGCGUGGUGAGCGUGGAAGAAAGCAAGCGUGCACGAGUAGCCCUACGAGAGAAGGCUACUAAUAGUUGACAGCGAUACAGUUCACUGACUCUCUCCUCCUUUUGCUGAAAACGUAACAGGGAUGCAUUGAAUGCGUUUCCAAUAUGCUGGGGGAGACCUAUGUUAGGUUCAAGAAACCAACUAGCUGAAAUAAAAGGAAACGCCCAAAACGAAGAUGACGGAGGGGAGACUCUGCCAGGUUCAUCUCCUUGACGACAGGAAACUUGAUCUGCUGGUUCAGCCCAAGCUGUUGUCCCGUGAACUGCUAGAUCUGGUGUCCUCCCAUUUUAACCUCAAAGAGAAGGAAUACUUCGGCCUAACAUUUGUUGAUGACAGUGGCCAGUGUAAAUACUUGCAGUUGGACCGAAGAGUUCUAGAACAUGACUUUUCUAAGAGGGCUACUGGGCCUAUUGCCCUCAACUUCCUGGUCAGGUUUUACAUCGAGAGUAUAACACUGCUGAAAGACAACACAACGGUGGAAUUAUUCUUCCUAAAUGCAAAAGUUGCCGUCUACAAUGGCGAUAUAGAGGUGGAAAGUGAGAAUGUAUUCAAAUUAGCAGCAAACGCCUUGCAGGAAGCAAAGGGGAAUUACUCAAGUGAUGAAACCACCAGAAUGGAUCUGAAGAAGCUCCCAACUCUUCCCAACAAGGUGCUAAAGGAGCACCCAUCACUUACAUACUGUGAGGAUCGAGUGAUAGAGCACUACAAACAGCUGAAAGGAGUCUCCCGCGGACAUGCCAUGGUGCAGUAUUUGACUCUAGUGGAAUCCUUACCCACGUAUGGUGUUCAUUAUUAUGAAGUAAAGGACAAGCAAGGAAUCCCAUGGUGGCUUGGGAUCAGCUACAAAGGAAUUGGCCAAUAUGAUUUGCAGGACAAAUUGAAACCAAGGAAGCUGUAUCAGUGGAAGCAACUGGAGAACUUGUAUUUUCGGGAGAAGAAAUUUGCUGUUGAGGUGAAUGACCCUCACAGGCGGGCAGUGACCAAGCGUACAUUCGGCCAGACCGGCUUGGUUAUCCACACAUGGUACGCCAGCCAUUCACUGAUCAAAACCAUCUGGGUCAUGGCCAUCAGUCAGCACCAGUUUUACUUGGACAGGAAGCAAAGCAAGGGUAAAAUAACUGCAGCGAAAAGUUUGGGUGAUAUUGCCGUCGAUCUAACAGAGCAUGGAGGAGGAACCAAGAUAACCAGACUAGGAGAUAACCUAAAGCACAACCUCAUUAUGGCUAGCACUGGUAGCCUGGCGUCAACAGGGUCUGCCGAUUCAGCGGUGGACGAAGUGCAGAGAAAGGAGAAGAUCUCUGAGCUAAAGAAGAAGGAACAAGAGAUCCAAGACAUCUUGACCCAGAAAACAAAGGAGCUGAAGAAAAUCUGCUUGCUGGAGGCGGAGCUCACGGGCAAACUGCCAAAAGAGUAUCCCUUGUUUGCAGGCGAGAGACCUCCUCAUGUCAGACGACGCGUUGGAACGACCUUCAAACUGGAUGACCUCUUCCCAUACAACGAGGACCCUUAUCUGAGGAACCUGGAGAGCAUGUUUGCUCUGCAGCAGAAGAUCGUAGAAGCAGCUAAGAAGCUGACCUCAGAGGCAGAGCUCUGUAAGACUGUGAAGAGGAAGAGGAGGAGGAACUGUCAGGACGCCAUGAGGAAACUGCAGCAGGUUGAAGACGAGAUGAACCAGUACAGAAUCAAGAAAGGCAAGAAGCCUACCCAAAGAGCCUCUGUGAUUAUCACAGAUGAAUUUAUCCGUUUAGAGACCAGCUCCCAGUCAGAUAGUCAGAUUCUGGAUGAUGAUGACUCUGAUGGUGCUCAUAGGCCCCGGUCACGGUCUGUCCAGUGCUCCCCUCAGCUCAGCCCCGCGCACUCCCUAGAUCACCACAACAACAAGAGUCUCAACAGGUUAGCGUUUGACGGCCAGGAUGCUUCACACCACUACCACCCCAGAGAGGUGUCAUCUGCACACAGCAGCCCCUACAAAACCUUACCCAGACCUUCACGGGAUGCACGCAGCAUGCCCUCCACCCCCGUUAUGACCCGCAACGCCUACAGCAGCAGCCAGCUCAGGUCGGAUGGGAACUCUCAGUCCUUCAGGCACCGCAGUGGGAGUCUGGAGUCACAGCAACGGCUAUUAAAGGAUACUGACUCAGAGAAGCCAGUGUUUACCCAGUCCCCUGCCCGCAGGAACAACAGCACAGAAGCCCUGGAGGACUGCUCCUCCUACACCAGCCAGUCCAGCUUGGACUACGCAGGCAACCCCCACUACUGCACCCUGGACUCUCGGACCCGCAACCAUCAGCUGCACAGGAGGGUGGAGGUCUACGGUAAUACAGGCAGUAUGCCCAAUUUGGUCCAGAACCAUAUCGGCUUUAGUGAUACUUACGAGCCCCAGGCACACUACGCGCCAACUGCUUACUACGUGGCAGGCUACCCCUGUCCAGACAUGGAGCCCUACUCCAACGGUGCUUACGUCUAUGAGAACGAGAUUGAGGGCCACUACAAUGUCAACCCCUCCUACCAAGUACACAAUUACGGACACGAGCGAUACAGGACCUACAGUAGUGAUCGGGCGGACAGCCUUGCUCAGAACCCCUACGCUACCAUGAGAUUGCCCCGGACCAGACAUGGGCCCCGCAAUGAGCCCUUACAGAAGAACAUGCAGAAGGCCAUGGUGGCUGAGCACCUGAGAGGCUGGUACCACCGCAGCGGGGGCCACAUAGAGGCAGGUAGAGGUCUGGCUGGGUAUGACUACGAUAACGGCUCUCAGCUCAGCCUUGGAUACCAGACCAUGCCAGCCCCCUUCAGCCACUCCAGCCGAACCACCUCCUACUCCUCAGUUUCCUCAUCCACCAGCACAGGAAACUGGCGCAGCCAGCUAACUGUGGGUCUAACAGACAAUGAUAACAUGGCAGAGUCACCACAGCACCAUCACCCAGGAGCCCAUGGCACCUACAACCAGAGCCCCACCCAUAUCAGAUUUCCCCCAGAAUGCAAUGUGUUGAAGAGGUCUGAUACGAUGCCGGUAGAUUCAGUAAAGAUGUUUGGUGCUGUGGCCAAUAGCGCUGAGGAAGACCAUUAGGCAGUCAUUCAAACACAGAAGGGUGAGAUGCAAAUAGGCUGUGGUAGUGCUAAUCCAUUUCCAUCAGUGCCACUGUUUUCAGUUUCCAUCUGCGUCUCAUCAUUUGCCAUAUUGAUCAAUAUAGUGUAGCUCAUUUAGUGCCGUGAAAAUCAAGGUGAAAUCAAUAUGUAGACCAUCCAUUAAAUGUACAGCCAGAGCAGUGGUAACACAUUCUGCCAAGGCCCAAUCCAGAUACUUCUAGCUCAUGGAUGACCAUGCCUUACCCGCUCAAUCAAAGAUUUUGCCAAAUUAUCUUGGUCUAUUAGCAGGCUCACAAAUUCAGUAUGGCUGCAUCCCGCUGGGAAAAACGGAUUGAAUCAACGUUCUUUCCAUGUCAUUUCAACAAAAUAAUUAAAUGUGAUGAUGUUGAAUCAUCAUGGAAAACUGAUUGGAUUUUCAAAAUGUCAUCAAUGUAAGGGAAUUUAGCAUUUUUAACCCAACUUUGAACCUAAAUCCAAUGUCAUGAUGAAAUGGUUUGUUGAUUUCACAUUGAAUUCACAUUAGUGGACAACUCAACCAUUUAAAUCAAAACUAGACGUUGAACUGACGACGUCUGUGCCCAGUGAAAUGUGAAGCAAAUGGUACAUUACAUCCUGUAGCUAGAAACCCCACUUUCACAUUGUCUACCUUCACAUGCACAGUUUACACACCACAUCCUGCACAUACUGUACCUCAUAGCACCAGUAGUAGAAUGUACCUACUUUCGCUUGCCUCUCAUUAGUGUAAAUUGUGAUCCAUAUUAAGUGGAAAGUUCUAAUUUCACAUUUGACAUUCCUUAUAUUAUUGCAUGGCAUGCUUGACAAGACAGUAGGUCAUUUGCUUUUGUUAAACAUCCUUCUUUCUAAUAACAUAUUUUUUCAUGGUGUUUAUCCCUGGUUUGUUCUGUUCCAUUUCCAUGCCUGUACAGUAGAUUAUAAUCUCAGCUGUUGCAGCAUGCAGGGGGUUUCAUGCAGUAAUAUGCUAUCCUAAAGUAUGGGAGUCUUUUAUAUUGACCUUGACUCUUACAGGAGACUAUUCAUGGAUGGAAAUUACAUGAGCAUCCACUGAAGGUAAGAGGACUGGAAUGAAAUCUGUCACAAUGACCCUGACACUGGAAGCACAGACCUCUGGAUGGAUGCCAACUAACCAAUCUGUAUACAUACUAUGAAGCUUGAGAAUGACUCUCCCAUGUGCCUUGGAUUGGAUGGAGAUCGAUAUUAUUCAGGAAGACAUGGAUGUGGUGAUGGCACAAAAGUUUUGCUGAUCUGGAAAAGCAGCUUCAUCAUUGUGAAUUUCAAACCCUGGGAUAUCUUUGACCCAAAUAUAUUGAACCAAUUGUAUUAUGACAUUAUACAUAUUGUAAAUCAACUUUAAUAUCUUUGUAAAACAUUUAGGUAUACAUUUUUAUUUACAAAAUGUGAUAACAAAAUAAUAAACUAACCCUUCUUUAGUCCCAGGUUGUCAAUCCAUGGAUUGACACUCUCUCCUCUCCCAAGUAUGAAUCUGAAUGUACAUGUUUAUAGAUUAUUAUUAUUUGUGAAUGUGUUAUUGUGAUGUAAAUUGCUUGCAUGUGGAGAACAUCAACUUUUGAUAAGUAGGUUUUUUGUAUGAUGUAAAAAGAUAUGUCUGGAUAACCCUCAAAUAAUAUUCCUUUAUUUGUUUCUCUACAUAUUUCUACAUUGUCCAUGUAUUGUUUGUCUUCUACUCUGAGUGAAUAUCUCCCAUUUGGAUUUGGGACAUUAAUAAAAAACAGUGUGAGA